UGAAUCCAUAAAACAACUUCCGGUUCAGAUGGCCAGUGCGACGAAAUUCAAGCUUCAUGGUCCUUUAGAUGUAUGGUCUACAAGAGAAAAAUUGGCACUAGCCUGCUCUGUAUUAAGAAGUGGAGAUCAGAACUGGGUAUCAGUUAGUAGAGCCAUCAAGCCUUUUGGAGAAAACAGCAGACCAGCAGAAUGGUUUUCUCAAAGAAAUUGUGCUUUGCAGUAUACAGAUUUAUUAGAAAAAAUUGAAACACCAAAGAGAAAGAGGGGAGAUAAAGGAGAAGCAGAAAAUCCUCAAUCACAAAUAAUACGACAGCUGGCUGUUGACAGAGCAGAGGAAUUGAAGAAACAUGUGGUGGAAUAUCAGCACAGAUAUAAAAAACUAAAGAGGGAUCUUGAAAGCAUCAAAACUGGUCAGUGGGAUGAUACUUUGCCCGAGAUAUGGGAACAAAUACAAAAAGAAAAAAUAGCAAAAGAGGAAGCUUUGGUGGAGAAGAAACCAGAAACCACAGAAGAUGAGGAUAAACCCAAGUCAGUAGAGAUUGAAGUCAAUUCAGAAGAGAGUAACCAGGAACCAGUCAUAGAACCUACAGAUAUACCUCCACCUAUAAAGGUAGAGGUAGAAGAGACAAGUGUCCCCAUCAACAAACCAUUGACCCUAGAUAUAAAGAGGUUAUCAGCUGAUGACAAACCCAAGCCUACCCCUCCAACAUCACCAUUGUUAUCUACAUUGUUACAGAGUUCUAAAUCAUCAUUUGGGGAUUUACAGCAGUUAAAACAGGAAGUAGAAUCUAAAGACCAACAACAGACACCAAAGACUUCAGCUGGUUCAACAAAACAAAGUGAAAGUACAACAUCUACAUCAGGGGAGAUAACUGAUAUAACAAGUACGACAGCACAAGUUAAGAGACCCCAGCGACCAAGUACAGAAAAGGCUGAGCUAGAUCCAGAAGUUGUAGUAAAAAUAGAGCCAAUAGAACAAAUACAAGAUGUUCAGGUGAAUGUGGAAGUAGAAACUGAAGAAGUAAAACAAGAGGUGGAAAAAGAAGUAGUUGUGGAGAGUCAAAAAGAGGCCCCAGAAGUGGAGAAAUCUGAUGUCAAAGAGGAAGAUGAUGAUAGCCAAGUUUCUAUUGAUGCUGGAAAUGCUACAUUUGUUAGUGUUGAUGAGGAAAUAUCAAUCAGAGAAGAACCUAUGUCACCAGCUAGUAGUGAAUCAUCUAAAAUUAGUGAAGCAGAUGUCAGAUUUCUAAAUAAAAGAGGAGCAAGGAAAAGUAGUAGCAGGAGAUCUUCAGCUAGAAAUAAGAAAUCUAUCGAUAUCUCUGAGGAGGACAAGAAAGAAGAUCUGAGUUCUCAGUUGACAGAUGGAGAGACAAGUGACGAUGAUGGCAAUGAAAGUGACGACACAGCCAUAGGUUCAGCAUCCAUUGCUAAUACAUCAGUUACAGCUACAUUCUCAGAAUCCAUACCCAACAGUCCUUUAUCACACUGUAGUGAUACGGAAGAUGACAAAGCCCACAAAAACUGGAAGAAAUCUAUAAUGUUGGUGUGGAGAAUGGCUGCUAAUCAUAAAUAUGCAAAUGUGUUCCUACAUCCAGUGACAAAUGAAAUAGCUCCAGGAUAUCAGGGAAUUGUACUAAGGCCAUUGGACUUAACAACUAUAAAGAAGAAUGUUGAGGCUGGUAUAACAAGGACGACACCUGAGUUCCAGAGAGAUAUGAUGUUAAUGUUUACUAACGCUAUCAUGUAUAACAGCUGUAAUCAUAAUGUACACAAGAUGGCCGUGGAGAUGUAUGAUGAUGUCAUGACACAUAUUGAGCAAUAUGUCAGUGCACAGUUAAUGUUACAGUCAUCAGAAAGUAAAUCAUUAAGGCCAUCUAGGAGAACUGAGAGCAGUGACAAAAGUGAUAAGGAGGAUGACUCUAAGAGAAGAAGAACGUUCUCAGAAUCUCAUCAGGAGGGAGGGAAAUCAAAGAAAAGAAAGACGAGAGGAGACGACACAUGAUCCAAAUCUUAACCACUGAAAAAGGAAUUUCUAUAGACAUAAAA